AAACAUGGCGGACGAUGUCAAAUCAAAGUUCAGUGUUCACAAACGCGUUCAUUUGUUAUUUAAAUUGUAAAUAGCUGUCAUACCGGCCAGUACGCGACAGAUCGCGCUCCGUAGAGGUUGUAUUCGUGUAGUUUUUAUUUUAUAUUUUAAAAAUGCAUCGGUUGACGGUGUUUGGUUUAUUGUUGGCAUUUACUGGCAGUGCAAUUGGCCACACUUAUCAUUUAGGAGCAUGUCCCAUCGUGGAACCUAUGUCUGGCUUUGAGAUGAACAAGAUGCUCGGCGUGUGGUACGUGAUACAGAAGACAUCAACUGCGUCUCAUUGUAUCACUUAUAACUUCACGAGGACGCCGGAGCCAGGUACAUUCGAGAUAGAACAGGUCUCGCAGCAUUUCAUCUUAGGAUUGACACCACUCGACCAUGACUACAGAUAUAAAGGAGUUCUUACUGUCCCUGACCCAGCAGUGCCGGCCAGAAUGAAAGUGCGCUUUCCUUUAAGCGUCGCUGGUUCAGCAAGUUAUACCAUACUGGCGACUGAUUAUGACCAGUACGCAGCAAUAUUCACUUGUCAGAAGUUGGCUUUCGCUCACAGACGUUCUGCCACCAUACUUUCGCGCACCAAGGAGCUAGAUAAAAUAUUUGUUGAUAAGAUGCGGUUGAAGCUGGCGUCUUUCGGUGUAGAUCCAUACGAUCUGUCGAUUAUCUCGCAGUCGGAGUGCCCGGGCCGACCCAACGGCGCCACAGACGGCGUUGAUAUCAACAUUAACCCAGACACAUUCUCCACGCACAACAUCGGACAUGUUGUAAGGAAAACUGGCGGUGUUAUUGCGGAUGGUGUGGAAUACGUAGUGGAAGCUGGCAAGAAAGUGUACCACAAAGUGACUGAUAGCAAAGAAGACCUCACUGAGACACCAAACAUGCAUUUGGCCUCCCCAAACCGACUCUCCGCUAAACCCGAUGACGAUGCAGAAUGGUUGCCAUAGAAAAUUACACUAUGACUGAAAUAUUUUAAAACUAUUUACAAAGUUACUAUUAUGGUAACAUUACAUUGACUUUAACACUCAUAGACCAUAUUUUCCCGCCAUGUCAUGACAUUUUGACAGCUGUCAGUGUAAAAGAAUACUCCUUACUCCGUAGAAUAAUUAAAAGUCAAAGAAAUGCAUUUCUUCAUUAUAGUUUUAGUAAUUUUGUAAUAAAUUGAUAUAAAAUUGA